GCCCAACACUUCGAUUCACGUCCCAUUAUUGUAAGGACAAACUUUUUGGAGCCCAUAGCACACAGCACACACCACCACCGCACACUUUAUAGCUUUUAUAUUGUCGCCGUCGUCGUCCACGUCGUCGUCCAAGUCGUGUGUUUAUAUUAUCCUUUAAAAAAAAUAAAAGCCACCUCCAUUGAUAUUUUUAUUAUUUCAUCCGAUUCACAUCAUCUCCGCAAAAAGUCUUUCGAGCGGCCGUAAAAGCCCGCCAAAUUUUAAUUAUUAUACCCACGACGAAUAUUUUUUGUUUUGUUUAAUAUAUUUUUUCGCGACGUCAAAAUGCAUUUUAAAAAUCGACAUGUUUUUUAUUUGAACAAAACCGUUUUCGGUUGUACGGUAUUCGAUUUCUGUUAAUUUGCGUUUAUUUUUAAAAAACACCCUCCGAAGUUUUGUUUUGUUUUGCUCUUGACCAAACGCACUAACACCAACACAAAACGUUAACGAGGAGGACACAUUUACUGGAUCAAAACGCAAACGGGGCGGAUUUUGCGUAUCCAACGCAAUCACCGCGAUCACCGGCUGCAGUAUCGACAGCAUUUCAGCCACUAUCGCGACCGUCACAGCCGAUACUGUCCGACGUGUGGAUCGUUCGCAAUAAUUGCAACGGAAACGCAUCCGGUAAAACGCCGUGUCGUCACCAGUUUCCGCACGCCGAAUAUGACCUACGCGACAAAGGCGCGUGAGUUGUAGUGCAGUGGCAAAACAAUAAAACGCUAGUUCAGAUCGACAACAGUCUGUGUCGGGUUUUGUGCGAUAGUUUUUUUUUAAUUCGCGCCGACAAAAAAAACGAGUACUGAUUGAGGCCGGCGGGGGGCCGCGAUCGUUUUUCCGUAACCGUCGCCAAUUACUUAGUCAAAGUGGAGGGCGAUUUAUUAAACAUGAGUUCGUACUUCGCCAACUCGUAUAUGCCGACCGACAUGCGUAACGGUGGUGGCGUCAUCGGCGGUGGAGGCGCUGGUGGUGCUGGAAUGGAGCACCACCAUCAUCACGGACAGCAGCAUUAGUGGACAACGCGCCGUGUGACCCGACCGCCCGGCAGGGCAUACCCCCGCACCNACCCGACCGCCCGGCAGGGCAUACCCCCGCACCAUUAUGUCGGGCCCACGGUCGGUGGUCAACCGCCACAAGGCAUACCGUACCCGAGGUUUCCGCCAUACGAUCGGAUGGAAAUCCGGCAGGCUGGCUACUACAACGGGCAACAAUCGUCCAUGGACGGAUACAGUAGGCCAGAGUCGCCUACCGGGGGAAUGGGCCAGAUGACCAUGAAUGGGCACACACCAGUCGUGUACGCCACAUGCAAACUUCAAGCUUCCGUGGCCAACGGUCUGGUCGAACCAGCUAGCCCCACCGACAUGGUCGACAUGAACGGCCACCAUCAAAUGUCGUCCCAUCACCAUCAUCAGCAGCAUCACCAGCAGGCACCGCCGCAUCACCAGCAACAGCAGCAACCGUACUUUAACAACCUAAGCCCUCACCAUCACCAACAGCAGCAACAGGUGGCACCCACUUCUGGUCACCACAAUCAAGUGGUGGUCAACCCACACCAACAGACGCCACCGCUACAAACUCCUACGGCCCAAAACCAACAGGCGGUCAACAACAAUUCGUUGCCGAGUCCACUGUACCCGUGGAUGAGAAGUCAGUUUGGUCCAGACUCAGAAAGGAAACGCGGUCGUCAAACGUACACCAGAUACCAGACGUUAGAGCUGGAAAAAGAGUUCCACUUCAACCGGUACUUGACCAGGAGACGAAGGAUAGAAAUUGCGCACGCGCUGUGCUUGACCGAGCGGCAGAUAAAGAUUUGGUUCCAAAACAGGAGGAUGAAAUGGAAAAAAGAGAACAAAAGCAAAGGAGGCGACGGUCAGGGUGGAGACGGUAGCGAUAUAACUCCUCAGACUUCGCCUCAGUAGACGGACCGUUCCUAAUUAACGCAAUGAAAUAGGGGUAGCCCAUACAGAGGGGGAAACUAAAAACUACACGGCAGUUUUGUGUGUGCGCUUAGGACGAACUUGCUCUGCUACGGUUACCAUGUGUUUGGUUGUUUGCGCCACCCACGUGCUAAACACCGUCAAUGUUAGUCGAUGGCAAUGUAUAGAAAUUCAUUUCAAUAAUUUUAUGUAAUUCUCCUCGAGAUGAUAUAAUUUAGGUAACUUGUAUUCUAAGAUUUUGUCUAAGUCAUUAUGUCAUAGGGUUUUUAUUUUUGUUUCGUUUAAUUUUUAUUUAGUUUUAAGUAAAAAUAAAAUUUAUAAAAAUAUUUACACUCGUAAGCAUUGUAUGUUAAAAGAAAAAACGCAAAAAUAUUUACACUAUAAUAUGUUUUGCUGUCUACACACAACAGUGUUGCUUUUUUUUUUUUAUUGAAACGUGCCUGGGGUACGAUCCAUAGAAAAAAACAAUACGUGGACGCGCACAAGUAAUGAUAAUGUGAUGUGUGUAGUGUAAAAUGGGCGAACCUGCCUGCGCUCUGGAUCUCAAAAAAUCAGCUCAAAUAACACGUUCUCAGUCCGCUGCUCUGUUAUAUUAUUAUUAUUAUGUUAACUUAGAAAUAUCGAUUUUAAUUUCCAGGACCAGUUUUUUUUUUUUUUACCUUGUGCCAUUAGGAAAUAGACUGCACCACGGUUCGCGUCCGAUAUAUUCAGGUGUGGGUUAGGCAAUACUAUCAAAAUUAACGCGUUCCAAUAGAAUAAAAAACGGUGUUGGCAUUACAAGCAAUGAAAAUAUCUGUCUAUAGUCAUAAUUGUAUCUGUGGGCGUCGACCGUGGUAAAAUUGCUAACGUACCAAAGGUGGUAUUUUCGUACUUUCGUUUUUGUUUCGAUUUUUUUUUUUUUUUUUUAAUGUAAAAUAUUCUUAGUUUUAAAAAACGUGUGACUAAAGUUAAAUUGAAUAAAUACGUAGUUAUAAUAUAAAUUAAAUAUUAUUUAUAUAAAAAUGUAUAUAAUGUUUAGAAUUUGUACAUAAUAUUGUAUUUAAGAAAAUGAUGUUUAUAAUUAAAGAUCGGUCCAUGCCACUUUUUGUUUACUUCGUUUACCCACAAAAGAACUAUUAUUAUAUAUUUUAAAUUGCAUAUAUAUAUAUAUAUUUUUUUUUUUUGUUCAAAUUCACGAUUUUAAUAAUAAUAAAUUAUAUUAUACUAAUGGAUUCAACUAUGUAUUAAUUUAUACUUUGACUUAUUUUUUUUUUUUUCCUAAUAAAGAAUGGUUAAAGUGUUAAGUGCAAUUUUAUAUUAAAGAUAGACAAAAUUAUUUAUUUUUAUUUUGUAUAGAGUUUAAUAAUCGUCGUGUUUUCUGAAAUAAUAUUAUAUCAAUUUAUUGUUUCAUAAUAACUCGGUCAGUUUCUUUUUUCGAUUAAAAUUUUUAACUUUCUAUAACUAUUUCUCUUUUGUAAAUACAGAACGUACCUAAAAAAUAUUUAUACGAAUAGUGUUUAUUAUUUUUUUUCAUUAAAAAAAAAAUCGUAACAACUUAACACUAUUUUAUUAUUUAAUAAUGUACAGUACAGAGAAAAUCUAUUUAUAUAUAAAUAUAUUAUACAUGUAUAAAACCAAAAAAUAAUAUGAAAUUUUAUUAUUAUUAUUAUUAUUAUUAUAUAUAGGAAAGAGCGUGUGUGUGCUGGUAGAUACUUUAUUUUAUUAACCAUUUUGUUUUUCUUUGUUUUUUUGUUUAUUAUUAUUAUUAUUAUUAUUAUUUAAGCUUUCUCGUAAAUUAUUUUAUAUUCCGUAAAAAAGAAUACCUGGCAAGGAUUACCUCAAAUUUAUUUUUUACAUUUUUGAUGGUAGCUGGUAAACAGUGUAAAAUGACAGCAACAUAUAUACGUAACAACUAAGUCUCGUUUGUAAUUAUUAUUUUUUUGAGUCGUGAUAAAUAGUAUAAUGUUGAGUACUUAUUGUAAUUUUAUUGUAAUGCCAAAUAUUAUGACAAAGAAUAUGCAAACUAUUUUCGAUUGGGAAUUAUGAUAAUAAUAAUUAUUAUGUGUAAUAAAAAAACGGUCAGUACAAUGAAAAUAUAUUACAACAACCGAACGCUUAGGCGUUCAUGAUAAGUUCCUCGUAAAAAAUAUUAGAUUUAGUGUUCGUUACGAUAUUUUAGAUUAAUUAAGUAGAAUUUUAUGUUAAUUUAAAAAUGAACAUUUUUUUUUUUUAAUAAACACUAUAAUGAAAUAAAAAACUAA